GGGACCGGCGCGGUGGGGCUGGGCCCGCCCGAUGACACUAAAGCUGCUCCUGGACCACAGCUUCUGUCCAUCUGUCCGUCAGUACCUCCGCCGUCACCUCCGGUCCCGCCCCUCCCUCCCGCUGCCGCCCCGCCAUGGCGGCGCCCGCCCGCGCCUGGCUCGUGUUCGGGUUCAGCCCCGAGGAGGCGGCCGGGGAGCCGGGCCCGGGCCUGGCGCCGCGGCGGCUGGAGGCGGGUCCCGAGGGGAUCCUCCGCGUGUGGCCCGCGUGGAGCUACGUGGUCGUGGAGACCGGCGCGGGGCUGGAGGUGCGGAGCGCGGGGCUGCGGCGGCGGCUGCCGGGCUGGGCCGAGGCGCUGCCGUCCGAGACGCACCUGGUGCUGCGGGGCCCGGCCGAGGCCCGCGCCUGGCGGCGGGAGGCGGCGGUGACGGGCGCGCUGCAGGACGAGCCCGCCUGGAGCCGGGCGCUGCCGCCGGAGCCCCGGCAGCCGCUGCCGCUGCUGCCCGGCGGCUUCGCCACGCCGCGGCCGCCCUUCUUCACCGCGCUGCCGGCCGGGCUGCGCGCCCGGCGGCUCGCCCUGGGCACGGAGCACGCCCUGGCGCUGGGAGCCGCCGGCGAGGUCUUCACCUGGGGCGGCGGCAGGCAUGGGCAGCUCGGCCACGGGACGCUGGAGUCGGAGCCGCAGCCACGGCUGGUGGAGGCGCUGGCCGGGGUGCCCAUGUGGGCAGUGGCAGCUGGCGGGUGGCAUUCGGCCAGCAUUAGUGAGGCAGGAGACCUGUACAUGUGGGGCUGGAACGAGUCAGGGCAGCUGGCUCUGCCCUCCAAAGCACUGGUAGAGGAGCGGGCUCAGGAUGAUGUGUGCACAGGAAAUGCCAAGCUGGUGCCCCGCCAGGAGCAGUCGGCUGCCAAAGACACCCCAUUCAUCUCCAUCCAGGCAUUCCCAGCGCUGCUGGAUCUGCCACAGGACCUGGAGGAGGUGGAGAGCUCUACACCUGGGGCUGGGGUAAAUAUGGACAGCUGGGACAUGGGGACAUCGCCAGCUCUGACCAGGCACGUCGGGUCGAGCACCUGGUGGCCGAGGGGCUGCGGGCAGAGGAGGUGGUGUGCGGGCCCUGGACCACCUACGUCCGUGUGUUGGAGCCGUGAGGCCCUGGAGCCCCCCAGCCAUGGCUGCUGCCAGGAGGAGGAUGAGGGCGAGCUUUGCUCUACACGACCAGCCCCAAGACCAGUCAGGACAUGGAUUGAGGCUGCAGGCCCUAGGCGUGGCUCCUGCUUGGCUCAGACUCCCAGAGCCGCACCUGAGAUUUUGGGGUGCUGAGUUUGCCCCCCCCAACCCCUCCUUCCCCCCAUUUCUUCUCCUCCUCCUGCUCACCACAGGCACCACCCCAACAGACUCGGAGUUGUGGACUGUACAGGGACUUUAUUCACAACAUCCUGAAAAAUUUUUUAAAUAAAAGCAAAUUUCUCAAGGGGGGAGCUGGAGGUGGGUUAUCCUGGAGCGGGUGAUGCUGUGGUGCCGCUGGAGCAGCAGCUCCUGCCGGGUGCAGGGGCCUCAGCACGAGGCGUUGGUGGUGGUGGAGUUGAGGAUGCGGGAGGUGCUUUCAGAGCUGGAAGCCUUUGAAAGUUCGCGCUGUGGGAACAAGAAGGGGGAGAGGGGGAUGAAGGGAGGGAGGGAGGGGCAGCAAGGUCAGGGCCACUGCUUUGAAGGUCAGUAGGGAUGCAGGGAGAGGUCGGGAUGGGCAGGGAGGGCAGCCCAACCUGCUAAGGGGAGACAGAAUACUAAUAACAGAACUAUGUAACCUGUAACCAAUGAACGUUAAUGCCUUUGCUAAAAUGUAUAAAUAGUAAAAAGUUUUGAUAGUUGGGUGCUUGAUUUGUGGGAAUCCCCACCUUGCACCCUGCUCAGAAUAAACAAUAUCUCCUUUCUAAA